AUGGCGGCCAUAGACAUGGAGGACGACAAGGACAUAUGGGCGAACACCGUGAGCAGCCCCAGCGCGUCCCCGCCGCAGCCCGUCGCGGCGGGCGCGGUCUCCACCUGCAGCGCCUUCAUCUCCACGCAGCUCAGCCUCAACUCCCGCCUCCACCUCUCCUCCGCCGCGGCCGCGGGCGGCUCCUCCCCGACCGGCCGCGGCGUCGGCGGCGGCGCCUACGCCGCGGACGACGGCGUCCGCCACCACAUGGCACUCGGCGGCGGCUUCCGCAAUGCCGUGGCGCCGACCCCGGCGUCGUCCUUCUUCCCGUACAACCUCGACGCCGCCGCCGCCGACGUCGCGCCCUUCGACGCCGCCGCCGCCCGCGGCGUGCUGGAGGACGAGAUGUGCCUCGGCGCCGCCGCCGCCACCUGGGCCGGCGGGGGCUCCGAUCGCCGCAAGAAGCGCAUGAUGAAGAACCGCGAGUCCGCCGCGCGCUCCCGCGCGCGCAAGCAGGCCUACGUCCGCGAGCUGGAGAGGAAGGUGCAGAUGCUGCAGGACGAGAACGAGAGCCUCCGCGUCAAGUACGACCAGCUGAGGGUGUCCGUGGAGGUGGCGGUGCCGAUUGUGAGGAAGACUCUGCAGAGGAUGCCGUCCGCGCCAUUUUGA